AUGCCUAUGACCCGAAGCUAUGGAUAUUUCCUUCGGCACGGCCACCCCUCACACUGGAUCUUGUGCGUCACGUCUAUCAAGAGCCUACUGAAAGAACCGGCCCUGCCGCCAGCACCAGUCCCGCUCUGCCCAGCUUUGCCCUCGUCGCCCACCCUCGUUGCUGUUCAGCUCUCUUCUCCUGCCAUGCAAAUCCCGGCCAUUGCUGUCGUCCUCGUCCUCAAUAGCCUGGCUAUAGCAGCUCAGGUUAGCGAGCGCCAAACCGUCAACAUCUGCCAGACCGUCCAAACCCAAAACGGCUGCAUCCAAUCCGCGUCGUUCAGCUCGCCCAUCUUCUUCACCUGUGUGAACGGCCAGCAGACACUCUUCACUUGCGACGGGGGCUGUCGCCAAGAAAAUGCGGCCAACUUACCGACCUGCGAUAAUGGGAAGUUAUUCAAUGGGACGAUAGAUUGA